CUCACCAGCGACUGGAGCCAGUGAGUCUGUCAGGGAUUGUGGCAUUUAUCCUUAGUCUUUUAUGUGGAGCUCUGAAUUUAAUUCGAGGCUUUCAUGCCGUAGAAAGUCUCCUGCAGAGUGAUGGUGAGGAUUUUAAUUACAUCAUUGCAUUUUUCCUUGGAACAGCAGCCUGCCUUUACCAGUGUUAUUUACUUGUCUACUACACCGGCUGGCGGAAUGUCAAAUCUUUUUUGACUUUUGGCUUAAUUUGUCUAUGCAACAUGUAUCUCUAUGAACUGCGCAACCUCUGGCAGCUUUUCUUUCAUGUGACUGUGGGAGCAUUUGUUACACUACAGAUCUGGCUAAGGCAAGCCCAGGGCAAGGCGCCUGAUUAUGAUGUCUGACACCAUCCUUCAGACAUAUUGUUUUGCUUCAGGGGGAAAAGGAGAGAACAUAUCUUAACUGCCACUGUGAUGAAGAAACUAUUCACCACAAAUGAGAAGCUCUGCUUCCUUUCUCUCCAUAUUUCCUUUUUAAAAAUCCACACGGCAUGCCUAUGGGCAUGUAAGACCUGCUAGGAAAACUCCUCUCAGAAGAAUGUUGGCCAUGAGAUUACUAUUCAGAGAAGGGCCAUAACAGUGGAAGAACAGUCAGAUGCCACUGGAAGACCUGGCCAGCAGUCCUGAAUCCCUGCUGAAGAGUUUGAUCAAAAAUAGAUGUGGUACUUGCUAUGAGGACCAAGCAGGAACUCACAACCUGAGUUUGCCUUUGUGAGGCAUUAGUAUAGACCAAAUAAAAAGAUGCUGCAGAAAUUGGAAAGUUUAUGUUUUAAACAAAUGACUGUGCCAAAUGUCAGAUUAUUUGCACAUUUAUGGUACCUAAAGUUUAUGAAGUCCAGGAAGGUGUGGAAUUGGUUCUUUCACUUGUAUAUUUUUGCUAGAAUCUUAACUCCAGAAAUCACCUGAUGUGUAGCAGAAGGCUAUGGUAAGCUCAUGUCUGGAACACCACAAAUAUUGGAAAUACAGUGAUGUAUGUUUCCUUUCUA